CACCGACUGCCAUUACCACCAGAGCUUUAUAUAUUACAAACUAUAUCAUAUUAAUUUAAUUUAUUAUUUUAUUAUUAUUAUUUGUUGUUUGUUGUUAACGCGCUUGCGCAGUAAAUCUUUAUUCAUUUUUUAAAUUUUUUUCAUUUGAUUUUUUAUAUUUGGGAAUUUUAUUGGCCUUCCUCUUUUUCUACUUGUUCUUCAUUCAAUUCAAGUUGAGGGAUCUUGAUAUUAAUACAUGAGUGUUUUAAAGUACAUAAUAAAAAUUAUAAAUUAUUUUAAUUUUUUGUAAUUAUUAAUAAUCAAGAAAAUAAUCAGUGAAUAGUCAGUUAACAAACACGUCGAGACUCGUGGGAAAAAGUCAAGACUGGAGAAGACCCGGUGAAUAUAACUGUGUCUUCAAGUGGUCCCCUCUGUUACCACCUUCAUCGCCCAAUCAGGUCAUCAAGAAAUCCUGGGAAUAUCAAGAUUUUUAAUUAAAUUGACAUUUGAAUUUAAAUCAUACAACAAAAGUUUUACUGUUUCUUUUUUUUCAUCAUCAUCAUCAACAACAACAACAUCUACUUGUUGUAAUUUAAUUAUUACUAUUGUUGUUGUUGUUGUGGUUGUUGUUGUUUUUGUUGUGUUACAAUUGACAUUAAUGUAAAUUGGAGUAAUUUUUUGUGGGUCGUAAAUUGGGUGUGGUAAAUAUUUGGAUAUUGAUAAAUCGAGUGAGUGAAUGAAGAUUGGUAGCAAAGACACUUGUUCAGUGUGUGGUAAAUAAUAAUUUGUGUAAUGUAACUGAGGAAGGAGAAUAAAUUCCAAGGGGGCACUGAGAUAUCUAUUGACGCCACUGACUAAGUCGCAUACCUGUGCAACUUUUAAACACGGUGAACAAAGUGACGGUGGUGUAUAGAAAAAGAAGGGGCUUUCGUAAAAUAACUCAGGCGAUGAGGAGAGCAGAGGGAGUCACUAGAAGACGACGGUGUAGAACUGAACCCACGGGACACCUCACCGCCACGGAGAAGGGAAUUUAAAUAAAAAAAAAAAACACGUUGAUUUUAUUUCUUUCUAUUCAAUAGAUUUUGUACAACAACAAGUGUGUUUCUCUCUUGUCCUCUCUCUGUUUGUAUGUGUGUUUUAUUAUUAUUCUCUUGGAGAAAGGCAAAACGCAAUAUACACAUACAACACACCUUUCUAUACACCUCCACGGCAUGGGAGGCCAUGCCAUAAUGGUACAGUGAUAUACCCGCGAGGCAGCUACAGCUGCUGCGAAAUCGUGAUCUUCAAGAAUUUCUCAACAGUCCACCAGUAUUAUUGAGACACUAAAACAAAAAACAAUUUUUUUUUUUUUAGAUUAAAAGUUAGACUAUAUGUCAAUUUACAAGAUAAAUUAAUUAAAAAUUAUUUUAAACUAGAUUCAAGUGCUUUGCAAAAUUAAAAAAUCAAAAAAAAAUCAAAGUGUUUUUGAUAAAUUGUGCAUUUGUGAUAUAAUAAAAUGAAAAUUAUUAGUGUAAAUAAAUUUUCAUUUGAAAUUUAUUAAUAUAAACUUGAAAAGAGAAUAUAAACAUUAUUUUUUUUUUUUAUUUGAUUAGAUAAAAAAGGAAUUAAAUAAAAAUGAGGGGUUCAAAUCAGGAUAACGCAACGCCAUAUUGUCGUUGUCGUGUAUUGUAUUUAGGUUCAUCAGUGCCACAUGCAAGUAAAGAAGGUCUUCUUGGAGUUCAAGAACCUCUACGUGAAUUAUAUCCUGAACAGGGUGCACUUGGUGCUCGUGGUAUUGAUUCAUGGCUAUCAGUUUGGUCAAAUGGUCUAUUAUUAGAAAAUGUUGAUGAGCAUAGAAAAAAAGUAACUCGUUUUUUUCCAAUUGAAGCAUUACAUUAUUGUGCAGCAGUACGUCAUGUUAAAGGUGGUAAUAGUGAUAAUUCAACAACAAGAUUUUUACCAUUAGAUUCACCAUUUGCUAGAAAUCCAUCGGCAAAUCAUCCGCCCUUAUUUGCUGCUGUAUUACGAAGAACAACUGGAAUAAAAGUAUUAGAGUGCCACGCCUUCAUUUGUAAACGUGAUAUGGCUGCAAAUGCUUUAGUACGUUGUUGUUUUCAUGCAUAUGCAGAUAGUAGUUAUGCAAAAGGUCUUGAUUCAAAUACAGCAACAAUAACAAGUAACGGUAGUUCACCAAGUUCACAUCCAUCAAAUGGCAAUGCAAAUGGUCAUACAAAUGGUAAUGGUCACAGUAAUGGAAGUUUAUAUCAUACACUUGGUGGUUCAAGUUCAACCUUGGAUAAUCACAGUCCACCUGGUACACGUAUUGAUGCUGCAAAUUCAGAUGAAAUAAGUCUUUAUAAUGGUGAUGAAAAUCACAAAGUAUGGGCUAAAGGUAGAGAUGAAGUUGAUGCUGUUUAUCAAGAACAAGGAACAUUGAGAAGUACAAGAGGUUCAAGACCACGACAAUUAGUUGCACCACCACCACCUCCUCCACCACCACCACCAUCAUCAACAUCAAAUAUUCCAAGUCAACAACUUUUAAUGGAUGAAUCAUCAUCUGCUAAAAGAAAAGCUAAUAAAAAAUUAAAAAAAAUUAAAAAUCGUGGACAUGAAGAGGCUGCACUUAUUCAUCCUGGUCAUCAUCCACAAAUGCAUCCACAAGCAAUUUAUACAAAUGGCCAUGGACAUCAUACACUUGGUCAUCCAAUUCGUCAACAACAUUAUCAUGGUCAUCCACUUCCACCAAGUAGUAGAUCAGUUGCUGGUACAUUAGCAAGACCAGCACCAGUUUUACUAGUACCAGCAGCAACAUUACCAAGAAAAGGACAUCAUCAUCAUCAUCAUCCUCGUGGUUUGCGACCAAUGCCAGUACCAGCUGCUGCUCCAAUUGUUCCAAUAUAUGCACCACUUCCAGUUGUACCACCACCACCAGGUACUGUUUAUCAAACAGCAUAUGGAACAGCUGGUACAAGAGGACGUCGUCAUCAUCAAGAAAUUGAAGCUUCAACACUUGGUGGUAAUCGACGAUUAGCAGCAUCACAUGCUGAUUUAACAGCACAUGAUACAAAUGGCAAUGCUAAUGGACAUGAUGAUGGUGGUGAUUCAAGAUUUGGUACUGGUAUUUAUCGAAGAAAAGGACAUUUAAAUGAGCGUGCAUUUUCAUAUUCAAUUAGAGCUGAGCACAGAAGUCGAAGCCAUGGAAGUCUUGCUUCGUUGGGUUUUAGUCCACCAAAUGGCACAACAUUACCAAAAGAAGAAAAAAAAGAUCGUGAAAUUGCACAAAUGGUAGCUGGUUUGAGUCUGGAUGAAGCUGAAAGAGGUGGUGGACCAUACAUGAGAAAUGGACAUCAUCAACCUCAACCAUUACCCAGGCCUCGUCCACGUUAAAAAUAAAAAAUACUUUUUUUUUUAAUCUGACCCUCAAAGUGUCAUCAAUGUGAAAAGAAAAAUAUAAUUUGCAACGUUGCGGUUAAUAAACUCGACCUUGACUCACGCAUCAACAUAAAAAUAGAGUAAAAUUAUAUUUAAAAAAAAAUAAAAUAAUAAUUGUAUAUGAGAAUUUAGCGUGAAUGGGGGGAUAUGUAUUUUAUCAUGAUAAUCUAAUUGAAUUGGCAACAAGUGGCACAAGUGUGUGGAUACAAGUGAAAUCUUUUGAAAAGCCAAAACAGGACAGGGUUGGCCUAAAUACCAGAGACUUCGACAAGACGCGCGUGUUCAUAAUCAAUGGCUUUAGGGCAUACGACAGCGAUCAGCAAUCAACAUUCGAAUAUUCCUAAAUCAGUCAUAUAUAAAACCAGAUGUUGCGACAUGUUGUUUUAUGGCCAAACAUAUUUUUAUUUUUUUUGAAAUUUCUUUUUUCUUCUUGAUUGCGCUGUUUGUAUUUAUUAGUCAAAUACUCAGCGAUUCAUAUGACAAUCAGUCGUAAUAUUUUAUUAAAUCAAUAAAUUAUAAAAUCGAAAUUUAAACAAAUUUUCUUUCAAUUUAAAAAUUAAAAAUAAAUUGCAAAAAAAAAAAUUCAAUUAUACAUGAAAUUGUUGGAUAAAUAUUUGAAAAAAAAAAAAAUUGAUUUGUCAUGAUUUGAUCAAUGAAUUUCGAAACAAUUUAUCUUUUCGAAAUUUUCUAACUUUUCGAAAUUUAUUUUGUCAAAUUUAUGUUGUCUCGUAAUCCAUUGAUAUAUUUUUUUUUUUCUCAUAUCAUUUUUCUGAUGACUGAUGUUGAAAUGGAAAUUUAAAAAUGAAGAAAAAAAAAAAAAAUAUUAAAUUACGUCAUGCUUGUAGUAAUAGAGAUGAUGACAAUCGAAUGCACUUUCAUAUGGCUCAUCAUUUUGCGUGUAUCAAGGUUAACAUGUUUGUUUUAAAAAUAAUUUUAUCACUGUUAUUUUAAAUGACGAUAAUAAUAAUUUCUUUUUUAAAAUAAUAAAAAUAUUACCCGUAUAGCUGAUAUUAAUUUGAGUCAAGCAACGGUUAAUAUCCGGUAAAUGUUUAUCAUGUUGCAUCGACUUUUUCCUGGCCAAUUGUGUCAAGCUUGUCUCAAUAAUAUUUUGUAUAUAUUCAUCAAUUAUUAGAGUAUAUUUUGGCAAAAUAUCAUUUUAAAUUACUAACAGUGCAAAUAAAUCGAAAAAAAUUAUGUAAAAUAAUAUUGCGCCAUGAGUUGCGGAAAUAAACUCUUCUAUAAAUAAUUUUUAUCAAAAACUAAUACUGAUAUAAAUAUGUAAAUUAAAAACCAAUAAUACGAAAAUUAAAAAAACUCAAUUUUUAAAUUUAAUCAAAUUAUUUUUUAUGAUUAAAUUAAUCCAAUUAAUUAUCGCGAUAUUUAGUUGUAAAUUUUUUUUUUUUGUAGAAUAUUUUUUAAUGAUAAAUGACCAGAAGAAGCGAAAAAAAAAAAAAAAAAAAAUUAGUAAAACAUUGGUGGUUACAUUGAUAAAUCACUGCUCAAUAAUUUUUUUUUUUUUUUCUUUUUGACUUGUAACACCCGUAAGGAUUAAUUUAAAAAAAAACCUUGGGUAAAUUAAGUCGAGCCUGAAUGUCGUUGAUAGAAUGUAAAAUAAUAUUUUUAAUUUUUUUUUUUUUAACAUCGAGUUAUUACGACAAAUGACUGGCUGUAUGAGAUUGGGCUUUCUACAUGUCUUCCGUAUGAUGUAAUUAUUUGUGUUUUUAUUUUACGAGUAUGAAUGCGUCUGGCUAUAAAAUUACGCAACAAAUUGAGGAUCAUGAGGUGAGACGUUGUGAAAAAUAUUAUCAAAUUACUUGUGGUUACAAUUUAUUUUCCUUCUAUGGAGCUCAUGAUAACCGAAGAGUCGAAGACCGAUAGAAAUUAAAAAUUUUAAACAGCAUUAAGUGCCGUAAAUAUAUACGCAUCUAUUAAAUUUAUUUUUUUUUUUUCAACUAUUUUAUUGUUUUUUUCUUUUAAAUAUUUUAUUACCGCACUUGCAAGUUGCUU